AAAGUAUGUACACAAUAAGGUUGUCCUUGUUUGUUUGAGUUUAAAAGACAGUUUCAGCUACCUGGGUUGCACUCUGGGAGCCAUCAUGGAGAGAGCUGUGGUGCAAAUCACCCUCUUUGGGCUGCUGCUGGCUUUGACCACCACACUACCAAGCAAGGACAACUGGGACAUCUACAGCUUUCACAUCAACUCCACAGUGACCAGUCGUUAUGCAACCACUGUCAUCACAAGCCGCGUGGCCAAUCGUAUGAACGAGUCCAAGGAAAUAGAAUUCCACGUCCGGAUUCCCAAGAACGCCUUCAUCAGUAAAUUCAGAAUGUUUAUAGAUGGCCAAGUGUACGACGGUGUUGUGAAAGGUAAAGAGAAAGCUCUGCAGCAGUACACCGAGGCUGUGUCCCGAGGCCAAAGCGCUGGGAUUGUCAGUUCUGUAGGGAGGACCCUGGAGGAAUUUAAGACCUCUGUGACUGUAGCUGCACACAAAAAGAUCACCUUUGAACUCACAUAUGAGGAGCUGCUGAAACGCAGGCUUGGCAAGUAUGAGCUGCAAAUCCACGCUCGACCCAUGCAGCCUGUCAAAGACUUCAAGGUUGAUGUGUACAUUAAUGAGAAGGCGGGCAUCAAUUUCAUCGAGGUUAAAGGAGGUCUAAGCACCAAAGCCCUGGCUAAUGCCAUCACCAAAACACAUGCUGACAAACAGGCGUGGGUGUAUUUCUACCCGACAGAGGACCAACAGAGAACCUGUGACAGCUGUGGAGAGCAGGGUAUGAAUGGAGAUCUGGUUAUUGUUUAUGAUGUCAACAGGAACACCUCACUGGGAGACAUCAAGAGAUCAUCUGGGUACUUUGUUCAUCACUUUGCUCCAUAUGGUCUUGCCCGCAUACCAAAAAAUGUUGUCUUCGUUAUUGAUCAAAGUGGCUCAAUGCACGGCAGAAAAAUGCAACAGACCCGAAUAGCAUUAAUCCACAUCUUGAACGACCUGGCUGAGGAUGACCACUUUGGUCUCUUCACUUUUGAUAACAACAUUUAUCACUGGAAACGAGAACUUGUUCAGGCCAACGAGGAAAACCUGGAGAGUGCCAAGAAAUUUGCACGGGAUAUUAAAGAAAGAGGAUCCACAGACAUUAACAGAGCAGUGUUGGAAGGAGCACGUAUGCUGAAUGCACAUCCCAGAGAAGGUUCAGCGUCCAUCCUUAUACUUCUCACCGAUGGAGACCCGACCUCAGGGGUGACAAAUCUCGAACAAAUACAGUCAAAUGUCAGAGGGGCUAUCGCAGGCAAAUUCCCACUCUACUGUCUUGGUUUUGGUUUUGAUGUCUAUUUUGAGUUCCUUGAGAAGAUGUCGCUGCAGAACAAUGGUGUGGCACGACGGAUUUAUGAAGACUCUGACGCUGAUUUACAGCUGAAGGGUUUCUAUGAAGAGGUGGCCACUCCUCUGUUGACAGAUGUGACAAUGAUCUAUAAUGGUGGGACCAAUCUAACCCAGACUAACUUCAGCCAGUAUUAUAAUGGCUCUGAGAUUGUGGUGGCUGGUCAGAUCACUGACAACGACAUUGAAACCUUCACUGCGCAAGUUGUGGCCAUUUCGAGGAAUAGAAAGAUGACGUUUUCUGACACAAACGCCACCGUGGAGUCCACUGAAACGGCGUCUGGCAGCCACAUCCAGAGGGUUUGGGCUUACCUUACAGUCAAACAGCUUCUGGAGAAAGAGCUGCUGUUAUCUGGACCUGAGAAGGAGAACGUGAAGAAAGAGGCCUUGGAGCUGUCGCUGAAGUACAGCUUUGUAACCCCACUCACAUCCAUGGUGGUCACCAAGCCUCCAGGGGAGAACACAGAUGUGCUGCAUAAACCCAAGGAAGGUGAAACACCACAGGCACGGGAUCCUUCUGUAAAGCGUCGCAUACCUUUGCGGAGUCACCAAGGAUUUCGUUCAAUUCCAACAGGAGCAGGAGGUGGCGGAGCACAAGGUGUUAUGCCAGGAAACCGUGGUCGUGCUUAUGUGGGUCAGGAUGCAGUUCUAGCUGGUCUACCAGCAGGUGGUCGUUUUCAUUUUCUUCAAAACGCAGGUACAGCUCCUCUUUCCCACAGGUUUUUGUUAAAAACUGAGAAUCUCUCUCUUCCACUUUGCUUUGACGUCACUGGAGAUGUUCGCCUUAAACUACUUCAUCAUCCCAACAGAGAGCUGUCUGUGAAUGGUGAGCUUGAUUCAGUAGCGUAUGGAGGCUUCAAAAGGAUCGUCAUCCACUUCAAGACUGACCUGUAUGUUGAGGUUGACACCAAUGAAAUCACUGUACGAGAGGGACAGACACUGACACGCCACACUGGACAGGAUCUCAUCACAGCUGGAAGUUUGACAGUGAUUAGGCGGGACAAGGAAGUAGAUGUUGCAGCUGGAGACACACGCAUGGUCUUCUUAAUUCACGAGAAGGAUGGCGUUAAAUUCCUCUGGCCGAUUUUAAGACAGCAGCCAUCAGACAACAACGCUACAGGAAUUUUAGCUCUAAAGCCAGCAGUUUAUGAGGAGGUGCAACAAACUCCCUCAACAAAACUGAAAAUCAAGGACCAGGAGGUUGACGUUACCAGGGCCAGUGCUGUUGACUACAGUAUUGUCUCUAACCCGACACUGGACUGCUGGCUCAUGUCUGCUGAGUCUGCCCUGCAGAGACGCCUGGAGGAUUUCAUUGUUACACAACUUUAACUGGGAACCAUGUUGAAUCACUUGCAAAGAUUUCAUUUGAAAUAACAAAUAAGCCAAACUGAUUCAUCACUUGAUACUAACGUGAACAAAUAAAUAAUAUCCCAGAUCUGUA